CCGCAGCCGCUCUAGGCACCGGGAGCUGGCUCUAUGACCCGGCGGGGCCUGCUGGCGGGACGGGGCCGGCGGCCCGAGGGGAGAACCCCCGGGGGCGGCUGAGGGGACAACCCCCGGGGCGGCCCGAGGAGGCUCCGUCCGCGCAGGUCCUCCCUCGGAGGCUGGAGGCCGAGCCCGUCGCACCCGUAGCCCUGCCGAGCCCCGGCGGCCUGGGCCCGGCGGCGGCGCAGUCCUAGAAAGUUUUUGGGUGAAGAAAUGGCCUCCAGCCCUGGGAAGGAAAAGAGUGUGAAUCCUGUGCUCAGAAUAAGUCAACUCGAUGCUCUUGAGCUGAACAGAGCCCUGGAACAACUGGUGUGGUCCCAGUUCACCACCUGCUUCCAUGGAUUUAAGCCGGGGGUGUUGGCUCAUGUUGAACCAGAACUGAAAGCGUUUUUAUGGCUUGUGUUGUGGAGAUUCACUGUCUAUUCCAAGAACGCGACGGUGGGACAGGCCAUUCUGAAUAUUCAGUACAAGAAUAACUUCUCUCAGACGGAGAAGUACCAGCCUCUGAGCAAACACCAGAAGCUGUGGUACCUCAUCCUCACUGUUGGUGGAAGGUGGCUGGAGGAAAGAUGUUACGAUUUGUUUAGCAAUCGUCAGCUGCAGGCUUUCUGCAGAAUGAAGCCUUAUAUUAACUUUGGAGCUGGACUUCUUAAACUUUGUGGCCUUGUAAAUUUUCUGGUUUUUCUUCAGAAAGGAACGUUUGCGACGCUCACAGAGCGCGUCCUGGGGAUUAGGUCAGUUUUUUGCAAGCCGCCAAGCGUGCGUCAGGUAGGGUUUGAGUACAUGAACAGGGAGCUGCUGUGGCAUGGCUUUGCUGAGUUCCUGAUCUAUCUGCUGCCGCUAAUUAAUGUGCAGAAACUGAAACUCAAAAUUUCCUCUUGGUGUUUGCCUAUUGCGGGUCUUUCCGACGGUGACAACGCGUUAGCAGCUCAGGGCAGAGAGUGCUCGCUGUGCGGGGAAUGGCCAACCCUGCCCCACACCAUAGGCUGUCCCCACGUCUUCUGUUACUACUGCAUUAAGAGCAACUACUUAUCUGAUAUGUAUUUUACCUGUCCUAAGUGUGGCUCGGAGGUACACAGUCUGCAGCCACUGAAACACAGAAUUGAAAUGACAGACCUGCGUGCCUGACGGGGACUUGAUGUGGGUUUGUACUGUACAUGAAAUAUUAUGUUACAGAGAUGAAUGGAAAAAUUCAGAAACUAUCAUAACAGACAGCUUAAAAGUGGGCUUGGAGACUCUGUCAUUUGUUGUAACGUGUGUCUUCACUGAUAUUAUUUGUUUUACUGAGCGACGGUGGCACCUUGGCUCUGCUCUCUCACAGAAUCACAGAAUCUUAGUGGUUGGAAGGGACCUCUGAGAUCAUCGAGUCCAACCACAAAAAAAAAAACAAAACAAAACAAAAAAAA